UGUUGGGUCGAGUGUAUGUCUCAAAUCACAGUAUGAGACUAGGAUUUUCCUACAUUUGAGAAAAGGCUUCCCGUUGAUACCUGUCCAUUUAGGGGGUUUGUCAGUCGUCACUGACAAGUAGUAUGGUUUCACAGGUGAUCGUUGAAGUCCUCGCGGUAAUACUUUUCUUCCCAGGGCUGGUCGCCAACGAGGUCCCUCUGUUCCAGUAUGGCGACCCUUCUUGUGGAGGCCGCCAGGUGCUUGUCCAGCUCUUCCAUUGGCGAUGGAGGAGCGUGGCCAAGGAAUGUGAGGAGUUCCUGGGAUCUUGGGGCUUUUGUGGUGUUCAGGUUUCAGUGCCGACUGAGCAUGUGGUGUUCAGUUCUCCCUCCAACCCUUGGUGGCAACACUACCAGCCGGUGAGUUACAAGCUGGAGAGCAGGUUUGGUACAGAGGAAGAGUUCGAGGAUAUGGUUGUCCGAUGCAGCGCAAACGGAGUCAUAAUAUUCGCCGACAUCGUCCUCAACAACAUGGCCCAACUCAACCUGUCAGGAGAGGGCUACAAUGGGACCUACUUCAACAGCAACUCGUUCCACUUUCCAGGCGUCCAUUUUCGACAAAAAGGACUUCAACGACCCCGCCGUCAAGUGCCCAUCGGCCGACGGGCUGGUUCAGAUGUCACCAACCCUAGCGAGGUGCGCAACUGCUGCUACGACAGCCUGACGGACCUGGAUCAGUCGCAGGAAGCCGUGCAGGACGUCGUGGUCGCAUACCUCAACCACCUCAUCGACAUCGGGGUGGCUGGUUUUAGAGUUGAUAAAGCAACGUUCAUGUGGCCAAAAGACCUAGCUGCCAUUCAGGAGAAGGUAAAGGACCGGUGGUCUGGUGGUCGUCCCUUCUACAUUCUGCACGUGCAGGACUUGACCCAGGGUUCGGUGACGUGGGACGAGUACGACGACCUAGGUUACGUCACAGAGUUCCAUUACCGCCAGCUGGUGGCCGAAGCCAUGGCCGACAGUUUCGAGAUUGUCUACAACAUAACAUCACAAAGCGCAGGCGCCACACUCGCUCCAUCGGCACGUGCGCUCGUCUUCCUGGACAACCACGAGACUCAGCGCCGGGGACAGCAGGUUGCUAGCGCCACCCAUCCUUGGCUUACCUUCAGGGACGCCGGCAAGUACACCCUGGCCACAGCCUUCAUGCUGGCCUACGACUACGGCUUUGUGCGCAUCAUGAGUAGCUACAACUUCAGUGAUGUCAACGAGGGCCCCCCAACCCAGCCCGAUGGCAGCAUUAAGGAUGCUGUCAUCAAUGAUGACGGUGCAUGCGAGGGAGGGUGGGUGUGCGAGCAUCGCUGGCCCACCAUCGCCACCCUCGUGAGGUUCCGGACUGCCGUGGCCGGCGCUGAUGUCAACCACUGGUACGCACCUCACGGCUUGGUGGCGUUCUCGCGAGGCAGUGUGGGAUUCUUCGCGAUGACAGUGACCAUGUCGUAUGUCACCAAGGUGAUGACGGGGCUUCCUCCAGGCACGUACUGCGAGCUCGUCAGCAGCUGCCUCUCGACGUUGACUGUAGAUGAAGAGGGCUACAUCAGCCAUCCAGCUGGACGCAGCCAACAACCCCGUCGUCGCCAUUUUGACCGAUAUGAAGAGAAAACGGGAUUUCAGCUGACAACUCAGCAGAAAGUAUCCACUGAAGAAACAAAAAUCAAGGUUGUCACCGAGCAACAAGUAUCUACUUCAGAUGCAACUCAAUUUCAAGUUAUAACUGACCAGCCUAUGCUUACUUCCUAUGCUACAGGAUUUCAGCUCAAUACAGAGUAUCCUGCGUCUACUUCAGAUACAACAGAAUUUCAGUUUUUUACUGAACAGCAAGUGUCUACUCCAGGAUCAACAGAAUUUGAGAUCAUCAGUAAGCAGCACGUGCCUAGCUCUUACACAACAGGAUUGCAGCUGGUCACAGGUGGACUUACCUCAGACGGAACAGGAUUGCAGCUGGUCACAGGUGGACUUACCUCAGACAGAACAGGAUUGCAUCUGAUCACAGGUGGAACUACCUCAGACACAAACGGAUUUCAGCCAGUCACAGGUGGAUUUACUUCAGACAGAACAGGAUUGCAGCCGGUCACAGGAGGAUUUACUUCAGACACAACAAGAUUGGACCUUGUGACAGCUGUCUUUGCCGCCUUCCACAAAAAACUCUCCGACAGUCACCGAAGCACGACCACAGUCUGUAGCUCCGUCGUCAUCAUCCACAACAACGACAGCACCACAACAUCCUCGGGGUACAGGCGAACUGUCAUUUUGCUGCACUGGAUCACGAGCCCUGCGCAGUAUGUGUUUUUCCGAGGAGGCGUGGACGCCAACCACAGAGCAGGCUGCGUGAGCAACACCAAGGUUGACCCUUGUGCAAUCCCAAUAAGAGAUCGUGAAGAAGUCGUCAGCCAGUACUUCCAGAAGUACAACGCCUGGCGACUUGGAGACGACUUCCUCGACUGGUAUGGCGCGGAGCAAGGACAAGGGACUUUUUUGGGAAACGUUGCGGAAGGGAGUCCAGGCAUCUGGACAUCCAACAACCCUGCGGAUCCUGGAUACCAACCUAUUAAUACGUUUGGAAACCAUUACUGGAUGUUAGACAUUGACAUGGACUGCUCCAAGACGCUGGAAAAUGGCUACUUUGAACUGAAGGCAUAUUCCGGCCACUGGGAGCCCAACAUCGCCACACACGUGUGUGCAGGCUCGUAUCCUCCUGUGCCCUACACCUCCACCAACCACUUUCGCACGCUGUGGAUAUCUGAAUGUGUUCAAACAGGGGGGAGAGUGCGAAGUUAGGCCCUUGGCUGAUGCAGCACCCUGAGAACCCUCUUUGCCAGUCCUGCUGACAAGACGAGUGGUCUAGUCCAGGUACCUUAGAUGCUCUGUCAACUAGACUGCAUCAACAACACUCACUGAGGUCGCAAGCGCUGAAAUGUUGAUUUCCAUCUGCAGUUGAUCCAAAUUUCAUGUGGGGAUGAAUGGUAAUAUGGAAAGUGUCUUUCUAGUACUCCAUUACAAUAAAGGAAACGAGGUACAUCCAAGUGUAUGGUUAUUGGUAAAAAGCAGGAUGCAACAUGACCAUCAGGUAUCUAAAUUUAUUUGACAUUGGCUUGUCAUCAACUGUUACACUACAGUUGAUUGGAAACACACAUACAAAUCCAUAAUAAAUGUGAUUAUCUUUUAAUCAAUAUUCCUUUAUUCAAGUCAUGCUUUGUAUAAAAUGCACAUAUAAAUACAAACUAUGUGCUAUGAUAAAAUUCAUGUGAGCCACACAUGUUUGUCACAGCUGCAUUAGGCGUUCUGCCUAUUUGACUACUGGCUCUAUACAAGGAGUGUUGCAUGCUUUCAUGGAACAAAAAAAAAAAAAAGCUCCUAAAAAUACUCUCUAGAGGACAUGUAGAUAUGUGGCAAUGACAACUAAAACACUGUCUACCAAAAGUUUAUGAAAGUCAGGGUUUUCAUGUCAUACUGGGGGAUAUAGCCAUUACCAAUGCAAACUGCAAAUCAACAGCACACGUAUCACACAACCUGAUUUGGACAUUAAUAUUCAUUCAGUACAAUCCUCACCAGGUGUGUGGAGUUUUUUUUUGGUUGUUAAUUUCAACCAGCUUAUUAAUGAAAUGUAAGUAGCAAAAUAACUAUCUUACUUUGGUAAACUGGAAGUUCUGGAGCAUUUAGGUGAAAGGAGGUGUAGAGAUAAUAGCGCAUUCUGUUUUCCUCUACUGCAUCUACCUGCACUUCACAGCACCUCCACCUCACUGACCAUAGGUACUAGAGUACCACCCAUAUCUUAUGUUUAAACUAUUGCAUCAUCCUAAAGACCAAAACUGACAAAUUUCUCCUUUCAAACAACGAAACAUACACAGACAGCUACAGAUAAAACCAUAUAAUGUACAAAAUGCUCAGUUACUGGUAUGCUGGCAUAUUUUUAAAAAAUUUAUAAUUAAAAGUUUGGUUGUCUUUGCGCAAAAGUAAACUGAAAUGGCAGUGGAUUGGACAUCUAGUAUUCAUAGAAAGAAAUAUACUGAUACUUAACAAAUGAUUGUGCACAUGUGCAAAGGUAUAGAAAAUUUGCACAGAACAAGAAGAAACUACUAACAGCAAAACAAUGUUUUCUGUGUAAAAGCUUGAGGGUACAGUGUCCACAAACCACA